GCAGCCCCAGCGCCGGCCCCACAGCCCCCGCCGCCCGCGGGCCGCCCCGCAUUGUCCGGGGGCAGCGGCAGGAUGGGGGUCCCCGCACGGCCGCCCCCCCCCGGGCUGCGUUAAGGCCCGUCGGUAUGAGGAGGUCUGUUGAAGAUGCACUGGUCACCAGAGCAUGCCCAGUCCCUGAACCAGUGGCCAGAGCAGCACCUCGACGUCUCCUCCACCACCUCCUCGCCAGCCCACAAGUCCGACCUCUACCCCAGCACCCGCCAGCGCUUCAACUACGCCUGGGCCAACGACGACAUCUCAGCACUCACCGCCUCCAACCUCCUCAAGAGGUACGCCGAGAAGUACUCGGGGGUGUUGGAUGCGCCCUACGAGCGCCCGGCGCUGAGCGGCUAUGGGGACGGUGCCUUUGGGCCCAUUAAUGGGCAGAAAGGGGAUGGUGAGCCCUGGCCUGUGCCUCACAGCUCUGACGGCGCCUACCCACUGACACCCAUCCAUGAUGGCCUCCCUGGUGCCAAGGCCGUGGUGCCGCCCGCCGUGCCGGCUGGUAGCGCUCCACUGGGGCUCACCGGCUCACCGGUGGUGUCGGCCAACCUCGCUGAUCCCAUCUAUGCUGGGAAUUCAUGUGGAGGAGCAGCCGGCUCAGGAGGGCUGGGCUCAUCUCAGGAGUACCCUGGGGGCUAUGGCAGCACCUACUUGCCCUCUGGCUACUGCGGCCAGCCCAGCACAGCACUUGCCCCUCCACACCCACCCACCCUGCACAGUUCUGGGCUCCUGCAGCCCACACACCCCUCAUCUGCCCUGGUGCCGGGCUAUGGUUCCUCUGGCCCUGUCUACAACUACGCCUCAGGCAGCUACGCCACACAGCCGGGCUAUGGGGCCAUCCACCCGCCCCAUCCCUCUGCCUCCUACCUGCCCUCAGGCAUCGCGGCACCCACCCCAUUGCCAGCCCCCGGGCCCACCACUCGUCCAUCUGUGGUGCCGGCCUAUGGCUACCAAGCCGCUGGGUUGGCUUCAUUGGCUGUGCCACCCUUGGGCACCGAGGCGACAGGCGCCUUGAAGAGGAAAGCUUUUGAUAUCUCAGGUGGGGAGGAUGAAGCAGAGGGCAGAUAUCGGAAAUACAGCUAUGAGCAGCCAAAGUCCCCCUACCCCAUGUCGGACAACGGUGAGUGCCGAGGCAAUGGCUUCCCCAGCGCCAGCAAGCGGCCAACAGGCAGUGCUGAGGAACACAGCAGUAAAUAUGGUGGGCAGGCGAUGAAGAGUGUGGUCUCACCACCCUAUGGAGCUGGGGACGCCCCGUUGCGACCCACAGAGUCCUUUGAGAAGUUCAGCCCUCCCCUUGCCAAUGGGGAGCGGGCGGCCGAGCCAGGACACCCCUUCCCGUUGAGGCUGCCACCCAAAGCGCCCGUCUUCAGCAGCCAACCAGUGGAGGAGCAACCCAAAAACGUUGACCCACUGGUGUUGGAGUUGGUGAACACCAAGAUUGUGGAGCGCGGGCCGCCUGUGCAGUGGACGGACAUCGCCGGGCAGGUCUCCAUCAAAGCAGCCAUUGAGGAGGAGCUGGUGUGGCCCAUCCUGCGGCCUGGUGCCUACACUGGGGCGAGCAGGCUGCCCCGAACCAUCCUUCUGUUUGGGCCACGUGGCACUGGGAAGACCCUCCUGAGUCGCUGCAUCUCUACCCAGCUGGGCUCCACGCUGCUGAAGCUCAGCGCCACUGCCCUGCUCACCACCUGGAAAGCUGAAGCUGAGAAGAUCCUCCAGACCGUUUUCUUUGUGGCCAAGUGCCGGCAGCCCUCAGUGGUGCUCAUCAUGGAGGUGGAAUCCUUGCUGGUGGCCCAGGAUGGCGGUCAGGCUGGAAACCUCAAGUCACAGCUCCUUUCCUACCUGGACAACGUAGCUACCUCGGCUGAGCAGAACGUGGUCAUCAUAGGGACCACCUCAAGGCCCGGCAGCAUGGAUGAAGCUUCCCACCGGCGCUUUGCCAAGCGCUUCUACAUCUCCCCACCGGACAGCAUCGCUCGGCGGCAGAUCCUCCACCAUGCCCUGGCUCAGCAGAGCUCCUGCCUGAGCGAGCGGGAGAUGGCCUCCCUGGUACAGCACACCGAGAGCUUCUCGGGCAGCGAGCUGAUCCAGCUCUGCCAGCAUGCUGGGGCCACCACGCUGCACGGCUUGCCGGGCCAGAUCCAACCCACCUCCUACAAGGACUUUGAGAAGGCUUUCUGCAAGGUCCGCCCCGCUGCCUCGCAGAAGGAGCUGGACUUGUUUGCUGAGUGGGAUAAGAUGUACGGGUCCAGGCACUGACCGGGAAGACCCGGCAACAACCAACGUACCUCUUUCUUAGGGUUUCUGAUAGGACUGGGCUUUUUUGGUCCUUUGUUUUUCUGAAGCAGUCGCUCGUUGAACUCAGGAUAACCUAUUUAUUGUUCACCCGCCUCCCCUUGCAGCCGUUUCCAGACCGGUGGUCGUAGAACCGUAGGAUCACAGAACCAUAACAUUGGUUGAGUUGGAAGGGAACCUGAAGGGUCAUCCAGUGCAACUCCCAUGCAGUGAGCAUCCACAUCAUAGAACCGUAGAGUUGGUUGAGUUGGAAGGGAACCUUAAGGGUCACCCACUCCAAGUCCUGUGCAAGGGACUUCCAGAUCUCAGCCAUGGAACCAGAGAAUAGUUGAGUUGGAAGGGACCCUCAAAGUUCAUCCAGUGCAACUCCCAUGCCAUGAACACCCACAUCUCCAUCAUAGAACCAUGGAAUUGGUUGAGUUGGAAGGAACCCCUAAGGGUCAUCCAGCGCAACCCCCAUGUAACAAACACCCACAUCUCAAUCACAGAACCACAGAAUCAGUUGAGUUGGGAGAGAACCUUAAGGCUCAUCCUCUCCAAUCUCGUGCAGUGGACAUCCGCAGCCCAAUGACGUUGCUCAGAUGUGAUGAGAAGAGCUGAAAACAAGCCACAAUUAAAACUCUCUAUUGAUCCAUGCACAAACCCCUGUCCCUGCGUACAGAGGGUUUCCAUCUUCUCACUUCUUCCCAAGCAAAACAUUGACCACAGCCAUGGAGGAAGCGGUGCAGGGAGGGGGAGGCGGGGGGAUCACACAACCCAGGGCUUUGGAGUGAAAUGCUGUAGAUUGUUUAAUAUGCUAGACUUGUUUUUAUUUUUGUAAGGUAUGUAGGGGUGUUUUUUUUUCUGUUGUUGCUGUUGUUGUUGUUGGUUUUUGUUGUUGUUGUUUUUUUUUGGUGUUUUUGUUUUCUUUUUUAACUACUCAGGAAAUGAAUUACCUCAGAGUUAAAGAAAAAAGAAAAAAAAGGGAAAAAAAUGAAAAAAAAUGAAAAAAAAAAAAAGUUCUCUUUUUCUCGUGCGUUUGCUUCCCAAACAAACAAAAUAAGAAAAAAAAAAAAGAGUGACAGAAAUCAAAACGAAACCCCAUGAAACUAGAGCAAAAACUUGAAGCUGUUACCAAGGUGAAAGUUGAAUGUAUUUCGGGUGCUUCUCACGUUUUCUGUGCCCUUGUUCUGGUGGCAGUUUGGCUUUGUUUCCCUUCCCGUCGCCCUCAUGGCGUUGGGUGGAGGUCGUUGUAGGGUCUUGGCUUUGGAGCUGUCCCCAGCACCACUUUUUGGUUCAGUCUUUCUCCCUUAUUGGCUGGGACAACCCUGGUUGGGUUGUCGUGUUUUGCUUUUGUUUCAUUUUGUUUUUCUCCUUUAAAAAAAAAAAAAAAAAAAAAAAAAAGAACAGGAAUAAUAAUUUUUAAUUAUUAUUAUUAUUAUUAUUAUUAUUUUUAGUGCUAUGUACUGUGUUUGGGAGUCGCUCUCCCCCCGAAUCUCAGGGUCUGCGCAUGCAGAACAGGAGAAGAGUAUUGUGGGCAUGGGGUGCUCCCACCCCCGCAGUGCUCAGGAUGCCAAAGGAGCCAAUUUUGGGGGGUUUUCCCCCAAGUUUUUCUCAUUUUCCCAUUGAAGUGUGCACGGGAGCGCGUGCACAAAGGGCAUUAAUGGGGAUGCACCUCUGCCUCCUCCCCAUCUCUUCCAAAAAGUGGUACUGGGUUCCUGAAGACUUUUUUGUUGUUGUUUUUGUUUUUGUUUUUAAUUAUUAUUAUUAAUUAUCAUUAUUUGACUUUGUACACUCUCUGUAACCAUUUCUACCUCAUUUUGCAACGUAUUGUACAUGAAAAUAUUUAAUUCAUGUCUUAUUGAUGUCUGAAAAUGAGAAAUGCUUUUGAGCUGCAAUGGUCUACCUCAAGAAAUGCUGUAUUUUAAAAAGAAAAGUAUUACACAGUAUUAAAGAGAUUACACGAAA